GAAAGCGGGCUGCGCCUGCGCAAAGUGCUGCUCUUCUGUGGCGUCGGCGCGCGAGUCGCCCGGAAAAGGGCUCCUGAGCUGCCCGCGCACUUCCGGCUUCAGGCGCGCGCCCCUGUCGGCUCUGUGGCUCGCGGGACGGGCAGCGCCAUGGCCGGUAUCAAAGCUUUGAUUAGCCUGUCCUUUGGGGGAGCAGUUGGACUAAUGUUCUUGAUGCUUGGCUGCGCCCUUCCCCAAUACAACCAGUACUGGCCACUGUUUGUUCUGUUUUUUUACAUCCUUUCUCCUAUCCCAUACUGCAUAGCAAGAAGAUUAGUAGACGACACAGAUGCUACAAGUAAUGCCUGCAAGGAGCUAGCAAUAUUUCUUACAACAGGCAUUGUUGUCUCAGCAUUUGGGCUACCUAUAGUGUUUGCCAGAGCAGAACUGAUUUACUGGGGCGCGUGUGCACUUGUUCUCACAGGGAAUACGGUCAUCUUUGCUACGAUCCUAGGAUUUUUCCUGGUCUUUGGCAGCAAUGACGACUUCAGCUGGCAGCAGUGGUGAAAGGAAGACAGAGAACUAUCAUAGACAUCUUGUCAUUCAGUGGCCAUCCGUACAAAUGGGAGAAUGGGCAAUAAAGAGAAGUAGCAUAGCAAGCCUCUUGAGUAUUCUAGCUACUCCUUUUCUCCUUGUGUGUUCCGAGUGUACUACUGUUUUGCUGAUGGAUUUCUAGGUUUUAUGAGGUGGAGAGACGGUUCAUUUCACUUGUACCUACAGUAUAUUUUUAGGUGCUCUCUUGGUUUAAAAUUGUUCUCGUUCUGGUUUGUGUUUAUAUAUAAAACUUUAAAGCUGGAACAAGAAUGUUUAAAUACUUUUUCAGAGAAGAUUUUAAGUUUAGCAGUAAAACUAAGCUUCAAAAAAACUUUAUUUUUUGAAUAUGGUGAUUAAAUUAUGAUGCAUAAAAGCUGAAGUGAGGUAAGAGGUUGUGCACCAUCACUGUCAAUUAGCAGAUACCUAGAUCAUUACUAUAUCUUAGCAGGGACAAUGCAGGGAAGUACCAGUUGCAGAUUCUUCUGCUGUUCAUAUCUUGCUAUGUGUGAUGAAUGUUGAUGACAUUUAAAGAGAAGGCUGAGGAGCAGGUAGAGUUAUUUGGGGAAAAAUCCUAAAUUUUAACAUCGUUAGAACUUUUACCUGCUUUGUUUUCAACUUUUGUGUGAAUGUGACAUGCAAAUACUCUGUAAAUUUAUUGAUGCUAUGACAUAUGAAACUAAAUUGCAUUGUGGGGGAAGGGAAAAUAAUGUUUAAAUUCCAUUUUUUAAUCUCUUGAACUAUUUCUAUUUGUAAGUAUUGUAUUUCUGGUCUAUUACCACCACAAAGGUGGUAGAAUGUUCAUUUUUGGAACUACUGGUCUGUGUUAAUUUGAAGCAUAUACAAAACUAUUCCCUGUUUCCACUUUUUAAUUUUAUACAUAGUAUAUAGAGAGCAAGACUGCUUUUCAAAUGUAGAUUAACACUUGAUAUGUUUAACUUGCCGAAGAAUGAAUGUUAUUUUUUCCUCCACGCAAUGCAGUUGAUGCAUGACUUUUUUGCAAGUCGCUGACUGAACUGAUUUCACUGACUUUAAGUUCUCAUGCACUAUUUGUUGAUAUUUAAUGUUAUGUCUAUAAUUGUAGCUCUUCUAUAAGAUUACACACACAACUUCAAGUAUUUAAGACAUUGUUUGCAUACCUCUCAAUUGUCUGAAUCUUAUUUUAAAGAAAUCUGCCAUCAGACAUUUCGUCAUGAGAGAGCUGAUGGAUACCAGUUAACCAGGUUUCAUUGUACCGCAUACAGUGAUAAAGCUGACCAAAAAUGCUUCUAAGCUAUAUUUUUAUUUAACUUAAAAAAAAAAAAAAAACACCCUAGAAAACUUACUGUGUGUGAUUAAAAGCUAAGGAUUGCUUAGAUCUGCUUAACAGUGCAGCAGUAUGAAAAGGCAUAGAAUAGCAGGUCUUAGCUGAAUUUGUUUGUAAUAUUUCUGUGUGCAGAUGUAAACAAAAUACAAAGCUUGAAUAUUUGAAGUCAGAGAUAAUCAUGGUAGUUACCUAUGCGGUAUGUUCAGGGAAUUUAUACCAGUGAGGAGGGGUGUGGUUACCUGCACUUGUGCUUUACUAAUGUCAUCCUGUGUAUGAAGUAAGAGGUCAAUUUUUACCUUGUAUCUGUACUGCUAAAGGAACAAAUAGGUGUCAAGACCAUAGUGCGGAAGGGAGUCUUCAGCGGACAGCAUUUCAGCCAUAAGUAAAUGCCUUGAUAAACUGUCUGUGGUGGUGAUGUUGGAGGUUGCCUCAGGGCUGUAGAAUCACUCAUCUUAUGAACUUUUUCGAUGUGGCUUCUGUCCCCCUUCCAACGUGGUAGAUGCUUCUGAAAUUUUUCUGAACUAGUGGCUAACUGUGCAGUCUUUGCCCUUGCAAAGAAGGAGCAUUUGCGACUUGGACAAGUCUUUUUUUGAAUAUGUUACGGACUCUUUUCUGGACAGAAACGGAGUUUUCUUUCUCAUUCCCAUGCUGCUAACCUGUUUGUCAGUGUGAUGCUACUGUCCCACUUGCUGGGCCACAGAUCUGUCCAUGUAAUGGCUAUGCAUUUUUUUUGUUAAUUGUGUUAACAGCAUUAUGUUCUUUAGCUUGCACACCAACUACAUGCAGCGUUGCGCUCAUUUCUGAGCUAGAUACUUGAAGAGGUAUGAUCUUUUGUUUAAUAUGCACUGAUAGCAUUACCAUCCUUCUAUAGGGAAAAAUUUUGAACAAUAAAAAUUGUAAAUAGUGAUCUGAGUUCUGUAUAAUUAAUAAAAAAUACUCUAAUAAAAGAGUAUUUUGUUUAAAGUA